CUUAAAUGACACCAAGAAAAGUCUACUUAGUUUAGAUUUCCAGGAACUGGAUGGUGAAAAGCAAGUAUGAAGUUGGAAGGUUUGUUUUGUUUUCUUAUGUUUAUCAUUUGUCAAACCAACCUUGGGCAAAAUGAAGAAAUUCCUAGGAAGCAAAGGAGGAAGAUGAGCUAUAGGAGAUUGAAGAAAAGUUCCUUACCCAGCCAUGAACCAAGGAAACAGCUUGGAAUUCAGCAGAAGACCAGGGUCAAGCCAUCACCAAUACUUCCCAUGGUUAACUUGGAUUACAGCACAGAGGAAAAAUUUGAAUCCUUAAGUUCUCUUGGUACAGAAUCAAGCUAUCAUGUAUUGCCAGGCAAACAAGGGCACUGUGCGGUGAAAGGCAUGAUCAUGUACAAUAGGGCUGUCUGGUCCCCUGAGCCCUGCAUCACCUGCCUCUGCUCAAAUGGAAAGGUGCUUUGUGAUGAAAUCACAUGCCCCUCUCUCAGAUGCCUCCAGACAGACACCCCUGAAGGAGAAUGUUGCCCUGUCUGCUCUCAUACUGAACAAAGACAACCUACCCAUUUACUUCAUAAGCAUCUACUAUCUCCUCGGGUAAAAAUGGACCAAGGAUUGAGAAAAGAGAAACUUCAAUCUGAGGUGGAUGAAAAAGAAAUAAAAGAAGAUGGGGAGGAAAAGAAGAACACUCUUGAACUUGAUGCUGAAGGGAUACUUUCCAAUGUGGCACAGAGCAGAGAAGGAAGCAUACAGAGGCCUGGAGGAGAGGGGCACCAAGUCGAUCAGCACAGUGACUCAGCCACGGAGGAUGAUGAGUUUGAAGAUGAGGUAGAGGAGGAAGAAGAGGUAGAGGAGCCUGAAGAUGAGGAGGUUAUUAGAGGUGAUGUCUUCAGGAUGCCCUCAAGGCUCCCCACCCCUGCUCAUCCCAGAGGCUCACCACCUGUGCCUAGCAAGUGUGCAUUGUCUUACAAGACCAUCAGCUGUAUCAGUGUAGACCUCACAGGGAUACCACCGCUGACAGCACCAGAGAUAACAAGCUUGGAACUCAUUGGCAACUCCAUCACUUCCAUUCCUGAUGAAGCAUUUAAUGGAUUACCAAAUUUGGAAAGGCUUGAUCUGAGCAAAAAUAGUAUCACUUCUUCAAGCAUUGGUCCUAAAGCAUUUAAGCUUCUGAAGAAGUUGACACGCCUGAAUUUGGAUGGGAACAAUUUAGUAGAGAUUCCAUCAGGAUUACCACCUACAUUAGAAGAGCUUAAAGUCAAUGAGAACAACCUUCAGGCUCUAGAUGAAGAAAGCUUAUUUGGUUUAAAUCGAUUGGUCACCUUAGAAAUGGAAGGGAACAAUCUCAGUGAAGCCAAUGUCAGUCCUUUAACUUUCAAACCUUUGAUGAGCCUAUCCUAUCUUCGUCUGGGAAGAAACAAAUUCAGAAUCAUACCACAGGGUCUUCCUGCUUCUAUUGAGGAAUUAUACCUGGAAAAUAAUCAGAUUGAGGAAAUAACUGAAAUUUGUUUCAAUCACACUAGGAAGAUCAAUGUCAUUGUACUACGUUAUAAUAAAAUUGAGGAAAAUAGAAUUGCUCCAUUAGCCUGGAUAAAUCAGGAAAACCUAGAAUCAAUUGAUAUGUCCUACAAUAAGCUCUACCAUGUCCCCUCUUAUCUACCCAAGUCACUGCUACAUCUUGUGCUCAUUGGAAAUCAGAUAGAGCGUAUCCCUGGCUUUGUGUUGGGCCACAUGGAGCCAGGCCUGGAAUAUCUGUACCUGUCAUUUAACAAGCUUGCUGAUGAUGGCUUGGACCAGGUCUCAUUCUAUGGGGCAUACCAUUCUCUGAGAGAACUAUUUCUGGACCACAAUCACUUAAAAUCUAUACCAAGUGGGAUCCAAGAAAUGAAAGCACUACAUUUCCUGAGGUUGAACAACAACAAGAUACGGAAUAUUCUCCCACAACAGAUUUGCAAUGAUGAAGAGGACAGCGAUUCAACCCUAGAACAUCUUCAUCUUGAAAACAAUUAUAUUGCAACAAGAGAAAUUUCACCCUAUGCAUUUUCAUGCAUAAGAUCAUACUCAAGUAUUGUUCUUAAGCCACAAAAGAUCAAGUAAUUCCAAGUUAUCCUAUUGUUUAUAAAACCUAUUCAUGUAUUUGCUGCAGUAGCAUUUAUUAUCUGUAAGAUAUAUUGCUCAUGUAAUACUCACUAUUAUCAUAACAUUCAAGUUGGUUGACCAAUCCAUAAAUAAACAACAAAAGCAUCUACAA